AUGCUUGCAAGUUCAACUAUGACAGAUGCCGAAAAAGCUGCACUUAGAGACCUACAUCAUUCAGCUGCAAAUCUUCUGGGAUCUGACUUUUUGGACGGACUUGAAAUGGACGACCCUGAAUUUGCUGUUUAUCGAAUGCAUCGUGAGGAGGAGAGCAAUUUUGUGGGACAGUUGCAAGAACUUUGCCAGAAGAACACCUGGCCACCACCUACUUACGAGUUUAUCACGAUGUCACACCCUAUCCCAGUAAUGCACGAAUAUCACUGUAGAGUUCGCUUGUGGAAGUGGGUCUGCGAAGGUUUCGGCAAAUCCAAAAAGCAAGCUAAGCGACAUGCUGCCGGGGCGCUACUUGAACGUAUCGUAGCACGCAAUCUGACCAUUCCUCCCGAAGCGUUAGAAACAAUGGAAGAAGAGAAUCUCUCUUUGCUAAGCAAAGAAGAAAAGGCAUGCACUCAUGAACCAAAGUCAAUCGCGGAAAGUGAGACGCGACUAUCUGCUAAGGCACUGCGCUGGCUGUGCGAUUCGAAAGGAAACAAAAUACAAUUCCAGAGUUCCGAUACCGUGGAUGGUCUGUGCGAUCCGUGCGCGAAACUAGACGAACUUGCAGAGAAGGCCAAAAUUAGUGCAGUCUAUACCUAUGUGCACAAUACAGAAUCAGAUCAAUCGGAACAGUAA